CGUGUUCUCAUUCAGUCAUUUUCACUCUAAACACAACAAAAUCCACACCCUCUUUCUUAAACUACGAAACUUGUAGCAUCCUUUUCAACACCAAAUCUUAUUACAUAAACCAAAACAUACCUUUCAUGUUUUCAAACAAUUGAAAACCAAACAACAAAGAACAAUGGAUUCAUGUCCAUAUGUACGCUUAACAGUUGAAUCAUUAGCCCUAAACCUUCCAUCACCAACAAAACCAUCACCACUUUCACGUAUUCAUCCUUCAACAACAACAAUACCAUGUUUUUGCACCAUUCAUAUACCAAAUUUCCCUUCUCAAACCACACUUCUUCCACUCUCUUCAUCAUCUUCAUCAUCACCUGAAACCACUAGCUCUGCUGAUGGUUUCCAUCUCGACUCCAAUGCACUCCAGCGUCUCACAGGCAAACCUAUCCCUCUGCGUUUGUCUGUGUACGCUGGAAGCAUGGGUCGAACUUGCGGUAUAGCAAAUUCGAAGCUUUUAGGUCGUGUUGUUGUUAAUAUUGAUCUUAAAAACUCUUUGUCUCGUUCAGUUAUGUUUCAUAGUGGAUGGCUUGCAUUGGGAAAAAAGAAAGGAUUUGAACCGGGAAAGAAGGAUUCGGCUCGGGUUCAUUUCGUGGUUCGGACUGAACCGGAUCCACGGUUCUUAUUUCAAUUCGGAGGCGAACCGGAAUGUAGUCCCGUGGUUUUUCAGAUUCAAGAGAAUAUUAGACAACCGGUUUUUAGUUGCAAAUUUAGUGCUGAUCGAAAUUCUAGAUCAAGGUCUAAUGCUACAGAUUUUGCAAACACUCCUAGUAGAUGGAAAAGGGCAUUGAAAAGUGUUCAAGAGCGUCACGGACGAGAAAGAAAGGGUUGGAUGAUAACAGUUCACGAUCUCUCGGGUUCCCCGGUUGCUGCAGCCUCAAUGGUCACACCAUUUGUCCCUUCCCCUGGCUCAGAUAGAGUAUCAAGAUCAAACCCGGGCGCAUGGCUAAUUCUUCGCCCAAAUGGCGCCUCAGUGAGUAGCUGGAAACCAUGGGGACGCUUAGAAGCAUGGAGAGAAAGAGGUCAUGUAGAUGGCUUGGGAUACAAGUUUGAACUCGUAACCGAAAAUAACGGAAUACCUAUUGCUGAAUCCACAAUGAAUGUGAAAAAGGGUGGCCAAUUUUGCAUUGAUUAUAAUGUUAUGAAAGAGUAUUAUGGAUUGUGUUCAAGGUUACCACCAGGUAAAGGGUUUGUGAUGAGUUCUAGUGUUGAAGGUGAAGGAAAAAUUAGUAAACCUUUUGUGCAAGUUGGAGCACAACAUGUUACAUGUAUGGCUGAUGCUGCAUUGUUUGUUGCAUUAUCUGCUGCUAUUGAUCUUAGUAUGGAUGCAUGUCAACUUUUCUCUCAUAAACUUAGGAAAGAACUUUGUCAUGAGGAACAAGUUUCUUUUCCAUAACAAUCUCAAAGAGAAUUGAAUUAUACUUAUUCUUGUAUUGUUACCUCUGUAGCAAUGACAUUUCUGAUUGAAAGUGUGUCUGGUGUCUAAUAUGACAUUAACACAUGUGAUUAAAUUUAUUUAAUUUAUUUUAUCAAACUAGAAUCAAUGUUGACAUGAUAAUGUCAUUAUCGUAUCUGAUGUCUUUGUCGGUGUUUCAUGGAAUGUUAACCAAUGUGUUUCUACUUAUACAAUGUGGGAAUGUUUGGUUUGAGCUAUAUAGAGUUGCUAGUUUUGAUUUA